CUGGUUCGUUGUGGUGGCCUGUAAAAUGCACGCUAUACGGCGGAGUUUCCUUCUACCUGUUUACCUGGCCACCUUAGGUGUUGUGGCAGUUUUCAUAGCUCCGGUCAUCAUCUUCUACCAGAAUUUGAGUAAAACCAAUGGUGCUAAUUACACAAUGACAGAGUACUGCUUUGACAUCACAAAUGGCAAUGGCCUAAGUCAAAACGCUGUCUGGUAUGAAAAGCUAGUUUGGGAUAUCACUCAUUCCCUCUGUCCCAAUGACAUGACCAACCAAAGAGAAAUAGGCUUCUUAGUUGGCUCUUCACUCUGCUGGUGGUUGGGUUGGGUGCUCUGCACUGUCUACAUCUGGGGACUCCAGCUGCAGCGGAUCGAGAGGACCGAGCAUCUGCUUGUGAGAAGGAUGUACGAAGGGGCCUUUAUGGAACAGUCCAUAAUGCUCAACAUGCGAUUUGAGACUCAGAGGAUUAAAAAAAACCAUAAGCAAGAUGACCCAGUUACAGUGUUUCUGUGUGCAACAAUGUGGCAUGAGAGUCAUGACGAAAUGAUGAAAAUGAUCAUCUCAAUGUUCAGGCUGGACAGAUACAGGCCAAAGAAUAACCCCAACAAUGAUGUUAGCUUUGAGUCCCACAUUUACUUUGACGAUGCUUUUAAAGAGGUGAAAGGCAGUGAAGAACGAUUUGUGAAUGAAUAUGCAGAGAACUUGGUGGAGGUUAUCCAAAUGGUUUACAAAAUUUUCACUGAUGAGGACCCGCACAUCGUCAAAGAAAGCCAAUUAGGUAAAAGUCAGAGGAUCAUUCGUACCCCUUACGGAGGUCGACUGGAGUUCACUCUCCCUCAUGGAAACCACCUGAUGGUGCACUUUAAGGACAAACUACUGAUCCGCCACAAGAAGAGAUGGUCUCAGAUCAUGUACUUGUACUACAUUCUUGGCUGGCAACUCAACAGGAAGUAUUUCAUGCAUUUUCAAGACCUUAAAAAAGAGCAUGACAAAGAGUUUGAAAAAGAGACAAAGCUCAAGAAUAGAAUGAAGAAAGAGAAGGCCAACACCUACCUCCUGGCUCUGGAUGGGGACACAGACUUCCAGCCUUCUGCUGUAAUGCUCCUGGUAGACCGACUGAAACGCUACCCAGAUGUAGGUGCGGCAUGUGGAAGGAUCCAUCCAACAGGCACAGGUCCUAUGGUUUGGUACCAGAAGUUUGAGUAUGCUGUGGGCCACUGGCUUCAGAAGACAGCAGAGCAUGUGUUUGGUUGUGUGCUCUGCAGCCCCGGAUGCUUCAGUCUGUUCAGAAGUGCAGCCCUCAUGGACGACAACAUCACCAAGAAAUACACCACCAAGUCUACAGAAGCCAUCCACUAUAUACAGUACGAUCAAGGUGAAGACCGCUGGCUCUGCACUCUCCUUCUGCAGCAGGGCUGGAGGGUGGAGUACAACGCUGCAUCAGAUGCCUACACCAAUGCCCCUCAGGAAUUCAAGGAGUUCUACAACCAGAGGCGGCGCUGGAGUCCCUCCACUUUGGCCAACGCUGUCGACCUGCUGCGCACAGGGUCUCUGACCUCCAUGAAGAACCGCUCCAUCUCCAGACUCUUUAUCCUCUACCAGAUUAUCAAUUUGGUCACCUCUAUCCUAGGCCCAGCCACCAUCUGCUUAAUGAUUGCAGGAUGCUUGCAGAUAAUUCUUCAAAUAGAUGCCAACUUCGCUCUGUUCCUUUCAGUGGUUCCUCCAGUCAUAUAUCUGAUUCUGUGCUUCAAGCUGAAGUCAGACACACAGAUCACCAUAGCAGCCGUCUUGAGUGUCUUCUACGCUUUCCUCAUGAUUGCAACUGCUGUCUCUGUCAUCGGUACUAUAGUUAGGCAGCAGACCAUUUGGUCUCCCAGUGCAUUGUUUCUCAUUACUAUGGUGCUGAUGAAUAUCAUCACAGCAGCUCUCCAUCCAAAGGAGUUCAGUCUGAUCAUUUAUGGCCUCCUCUACUUCGUCUGUAUCCCAAGUGCCUACCUCCUGCUGACCAUCUACUCAAUGGUCAACAUGAACAAUGUGUCCUGGGGCACCAGGGAGACAGGUGGCCCAGCUGCUGCUAAACCAGCCACCCCGACCAUUACACAGCGCAUCCUACAGGCCGAGUGCUGCAAAUGUCUCUGCUUGGACAGUGUUAAAGCAGCAGAACAGACUGACCAGGUGACAGAAAUGGUCAUUCUGGAUGAUAAGACAAAUGUGAACCUUGAUCAGAACUCUCAAGGAAAUGACAGGAAUGUGGAAUUCCCUCCUCAAAACACUGAAGCAAACUGGGUAACACAUUUACAGAAUAUGGCCCGUGACUUCCCUCUGAAUGAACAACAUCUUGUGACGGAAGAGGAGACAUUUUGAAAAGAGCUCCAAGAGGAUUAUUUGAAACCGUUGGCUGAGGAUAAAGAACAACAAAAUAAAAUUGUGCAUGAUCUAAAGGACAUUAGAAAUAAGAUUACUUGUAUCCUCUUCAUCUGCAAUGCCAUGUGGCUGGUGGCAGCUUUUACUAUUCAAGUCAUUGGGACCUCAGUCACCAUCACCGUCCCAAAGGAAACUCUCAAUCUGACUACUAGUGAGAAUCUAUACAUCGAUCCAAUAGGAUUGAUCUUCCUAUUAGGAUUCACAACUUUACUGUUGAUCCAGUUUUUGGGCAUGUUCUACCACAGAGUUUACACUCUGAUCCAUUUUGUGGCAUUUUCGAGUAUGAAGUCCAAGACUGUUGGAAGUCCAUCAAAUGAGGUCGUACAGAAUAUGGAUACGCAAGAAACUGAAGACAACACAUACUUAGAUGAAUCCCUGACAAUAGAGAAUCCUUCAGCAGUCCAGUAUAAAAAAGCAACCAUUGUGUGAGGUUCUAAACCUCUUAGACAACAGGGGCGUGGCGGCAUUAAAUGAUCCUUGCCACCCUAGCAUUGACUUGAAAAUUAUGAACCUAUAACAUGUAGGAUGAUUUCCAUUCAGUAAAUAUUCAUAUGUAUUUUAGUAUACGUUUCAUAUUCAUGUAACAUAGUUUUUUUUAAAACAAUGAAUUGUUUUAAUCGUGGCUAGCGCGGCUAAUGCCAGACAUGGUUCAGCAUUUCACAUAGCUAAAUGCUGAAAUAUUAUUUAUUUUUUUAGCUAUGUUGGUUUCUCAGUAAUAUUGUAAUAAACAUUGUUGUGUUUCUAAGCAUGCAAUUUUCCGGUCCAAAACACAGUUAAUGAAUUCUUCACAGUCUAAUUAAAGUGAUGGUCGUUCACAGAA